AUGGCGACGAAAAAUAUGAGAGACAGGGACGAAGGUGAGAUUGAGACGAAGCGGGGCCGCGGUUCUGUUCUGUUCCUUGAGACUUUAGAAUGGGUGUCACGCCCUUCACGUUUGAUUGGUCUCCGCGGCGACACAGUGAUAGCGCAACUACCACGAUUGCAAGAGGACCUAGAGACGGGUGAGGAUGCGAUCACGGUUUUAAGGUUGAAUCAGACGUCGUUAAUGUGCCGCAUUAGGCCAGAAACUCAUUCGUUUGUAUUGCCGGUGGAUGAGGUUACUGUGAUACUGGAAGAUGUCACUCAUAUAUUUGGCCUACCCAUAGAUGGAGAGCCUGUGAACGGAUGUACAGAUAGUAGUAACGACUUCCUACAGAGCCAGAGCAUCGCGAUAUUCGGUCGCGAAUCGGUUGUCAAUAGUUCUUCGAAAUCUUAUAUAAAGCUGGGUUGGGUUCAGACUAUCAGAGACGCAGAGCCACUGGAUAUCGAGGAGUCUAUUAAGAGAUACGUCAGAUGUCAGAUUUUCUAUUUGUUGGGUUCAACCCUAUUCACGAAUAAAUCGACCGCAUAUGUUCACGCAAAGUAUCUACCGUUGCUUCGCGAUUUCGAACGGAUCUAUACUUAUAGUUGGGGGUCAGCAUGUCUCGCGCAUCUUUACAUAGCACUAUGUCGUGCAUCACAGUAUGAUACUAAGGAGAUGGAUGACCCUCUUAAUUUGUUGUUUGUUUGGGCAUGGGAGCGACUGCCGUGUAUUGCGCCCGUACCCAGACAGUCCCGUCCACUGGCUGAGAUACCAGUUGUCAUGAGGUGGAGUCAUUCGUAUCAGAGCAAAGCUUGGUUAUCAAAAACCGUAGCGAUAUUUAGGCAGGAAAUAAACUACAUGGACGAGCCGUACGAAGGAUUGGACAUACCCGACGAGUUACAUGGACACCUUGAGGUAUGUGACAUCGUUGCUCUGUUAUUGUCGUUCGAGUGUGUCGAAUGGUAUCCUGCGAACGAGUGA